AUGGUGUAUGCCCGAGAGGACAUAUCGCACGUGCUGGCCGCACGAGGAUGGAGGGAAGUCAGACAAAUAGGCGAAGGCUCCUUUGCCAAGGCUUUGUUGGUCGAAUCAGGCGAUGGCACCCAGGCCGUCUGCAAGGUCAUGGACAUUAGCGAAGCAAACAAGAAGGAGGCUGAGGCAGCUCUCAAGGAGGGUAGAUUGCUUGCGUCUUUGCAGCACCCCUUCGUUGUCCGCUAUCGCGAUAGCUUUUGCGAGGCUGGCCUUCUUUGCCUGAUCAUGGACUUUUGUGAAGGCGGCGAGCUGGCCAAGCAGAUCCGCCGAGCACGGCGCAACCAACAGAGGAUCCCGGAAGAGCAGAUCCUCCGGUGGUUCACUCAGGCCAUGCUCUCGCUGAAGUACGUCCAUGAUAAGCACAUCCUUCACAGGGAUCUCAAGCCAGCCAACUUCUUCCUCACAAAGACUGGGUCUUUGAAGAUGGGAGACUUUGGGAUCGCGAAAACCAUGGCUUGUACAAUAGCUUUUGCAAAAACAAGGAUCGGAACUCCAUACUACCUCAGUCCUGAGGUCUGUCAGGAGAAGCCAUACGCUUGGCCAUCAGAUAUGUGGUCUAUGGGUUGUAUUCUUUAUGAGAUGUGUGCCCUGCAAGUUCCAUUUGAUGCACACAGCAUUUCGGGCCUUGUGCAGAAGAUCUGCUAUGGCCCCUUGCCAACAGUGCCAGAGACGUAUUCCGACUUCUUGCGGCGGCUUUGCCGGCAGCUCUUAGACCGAGAUCCCAAGAAGAGGCCCUCGGCUGAUGAGGCAGACAGGGAGGACUUCUGGAUGGCUGGCUAA